AUCCUUUCAAGAAAACUUCAAAGGCCUACGUGUUACACUACCCUCAACUCCACGUUGCAUCUUGACAGUGACACAGUUCUUCCAUGCUUUCGUGAACAAGAUAGAGACAGACAAACCCCAUCACCACAGUCUCAUUCAAGUCUGUUUCUAGAUAGAGGAAAUUAAUACAAUUCUAGGGUUUAUGUAAAAUUAGAUAGAGGGAGCAAUAGAUGUAUGUAGGAGGAUCAAUGAGAAAAUCCUUCAAGGAUUCUCUCAAAGUUCUUGAAGCAGAUAUUCAACAUGCUAAUACUCUAGCUUCGGAUUUACAAAGGGAGUACGAUGGGGCAAAUGUACAGAUGCGAAUGUCUUAUAGCGCAUCAGCACAGUUUUUGCUUUUCUUUGUUCAAUGGUCAGAUUGCCACCUUGCAGGUGCUCUAGGGUUGUUAAGAAUCUUGAUUUACAAGGUUUACGUUGAUGGCUCCACAUCCAUGUCUACACAUGAAAGAAAGGCGAGUAUUAGAGAAUUCUAUGGUAUUAUAUAUCCAUCUUUAAUGCAACUUCAAAGUGGAGUCAUGAGUUCAGAAGAUAGAAAGCAGAAAAGGACAUGUGUGGAACGAUAUUCUAAACGAGAAGACAACAAUGAAAGUCGAAAUUGUUCAGAUAUUGAUAUUGAAUCAGAAGAAGAAUGUGGUAUUUGCAUGGAAACAAAAGACAAACUUGUUUUACCAAAAUGUAGCCAUGAAAUGUGCUGCGGUUGCUAUGAUGACUGGCGAAGAAGAUCAAUGUCUUGCCCGUUUUGUCGAGUAAGCCUAAAAAGAAUAGACUCGGGCGAGCUGUGGGUGUAUGUGGACAAGAAAGAGGCAAUCGACAUGGCCACAUUAACAAGGGAAAAUCUUAAAAGGUUCUUCAUAUACAUUGACAAGCUCCAACUCGUUCAGCCUGACUCAAGCUCUGACUCUUAUGAUUCUCAUGUGAAGUAGACAAACGGAAAAAAGACACAUGGUUUAUUUCUACAUUUGUAUAAAAGUAGGUUUAUGACAACCACCAAAUCCUUUGUUUUUUGGGGAUUUUGAAUGUCUUGUAUGUCGUUCAUAAAGGUAUUCAUCAACUUGUGAUC